CCCCAGCCAACCCCAAGAGUCAAGGUUUUACUGGAAUCCUACAAGAUGCCGUGGCAAGAUGUGAAAGUUGUUGUGCUCGGUGACAUGGGAGUUGGCAAAACGUCACUGGUUGAACGGUUUUGUCUUGACAGAUUUAGAGAUUCUUAUAAUUCAACAAUUGGAAUGAAGCCCUAUGAAAAGGUAAUUCACGCUCCUGACAUGGAGUACAAAGUCUACAUAUGGGACACGGCAGGUCAAGAGAGAUACCGCAGCGUCACUUCACAUUUCGUUGUGCGGGCAAUGGGCUGUCUCCUUGUCUUUGAUGUUAUGGACCCUGAGAGCCUAAAUAAUGCUUUGAAUUACUGGUAUGUCAAAGUCAAAGAAUGGGAUCCGGAUCUGCCCAUAGUCCUAGUGGCGAACAAGGUGGAUCGUGUCAAUGACAACAGUUUUUUUUCCACAAAGAGAAGGGCCCUUACGUUCUGCAAGGAGAACAACAUACAUAUGUACGAGACCUCGGCUCGCACAGGAGAUGGUGUGGUAAAUGCAUUCUUGGAUGCUGCCAAUGUGCUGGGGAAUUACCGGCACGACCCGAAGGAUGAGGACCUGUUCAUGCGCUCAAUCAGACUCACCGAAAGCUCCUUUGAGUUAGAAGAGGAUGGCGUUCUCUACCCUGAAAGGCGCAAGAAGAAAGGGUUUUCCUUUAAAUGUUGCUGAUGUCUUUGCAGUAUUUACUCUGCGUUGAACAAGACUGUCAUGUGUUUUCAAUUGUAAACCUUGUUGUUAAGGUUCUGUUUUCGGUUUCUUUUUAUUAUACCAUUGUAAUUUACAGGAAAGAAAAAUGUUACAAACCCAUAUCUGUACUGAUUCAAUCUAUUUUUGGAUGAACUCUGCCUGGCAUGACUGAUUUUUUUAGUGUUUUUCACCUAUACUACAUGGUCAGUGGACAGAGGCCGCAGUUUUAUUUAUGGAAGUUCACGUGACUUUGAGUAUAUUUUUGUAUUUUUGCCCUUGGUAGAACUUUAUUUUUCUUGAAAACUAGACGGCCCAUCAAACAUGCCUUCUUUAUUUCAUAGUGAAGUAGCAUCUGAGGUUGUUUGUUGUAUGAUUAAGAAUAUAAUGGAGCGUUACCUGUCUUUAGUGGGACUUAAAGUAGGAAGGCAGUCAACUGGUAAUGACCGUCUUUGUUUGAUUUAUAUCUUGCAGGAAGAAAUUUGUCUUGGUCGUUAACAGUGUGAAUAAAAUAUAAUCAUAAUUGCUCUGUUGAAUAAUCUGAGAAAUAUGUUGGAAUUUUACAAAGGAAUGGGUUCGUUGUUUGUUGAAGUUGAAAAGUGUUUUUAAAAAAAUAUAUUUAUAAAUAGUGAAAGUAUUUUUGGCUGUCAAGUUGGAAAUUUUUUACUCGGAAACCCGAGAAAGAAGAAACUGGAAACAAAUUAAAUUUUGCCCCUUUUUUAUGAAUUGAUUUUAGCCUAAACCUUUAGUUAUAUUUUGUACUAAAGCAGAAUAUAUAUUAUUAUAGUUUCUAUUCUUUACAUUGCAUUUUGAUCUCUUUUGGUGGAGACAGCGAUACAAAUUCCUAUUUUAGACAUUUGUGGCAUGGUACGGUCGAAUCAGCGGCUCGUAAAUUUUUCAAGUUUAUGGAGUUACAGUUAUAAAUGUAAUAUUAAAGCUUGUUCAUUUGCAUUGCUUUUGAUGUAAAAAAAAACCCAGCAACCCUGAAUAGAAGUCAAGAUUUAGCAUUUGAAGGAGGUAGUGGUUGCGUAAUUCAGAGGUAAAAAUAAAGAGAAAAUGGCCAACAAAGCUUGGUGACUGCCAUAGCUUGAGUGCCCCGUAGAAAUUUCAAAUUUUUAUUUUUUUGUGCGUUUGAGUAACGUUAUUCGGUGAAAGUAAUAUAAAAAUGUGUUUUUAAAUGUACAUUAAAGAUAUGAAGUAAAAAAAAAAAGGGAAUAAAGUGUCAAAUUAGCUACUAGAUACAAAUUGCCCUAUGGGCAGAAAAAAAGUCUGUUUCUUUAUUUUGAUGAGCACUUGAUUUCAACAAGAUGCCACACAUUUGUUAGCUACCAACAUGCCAGAUCCAUAUAAAAUGACUGUAUCUUAACUUCUAAAUUACUAUCGGCCAGAAUUAAGUUCAUAGAUUUUCCUGAGCAGUCAGAAUCAAUUUUGUAUAACUGACAAUUUGGGAUCUAGAUCUACCUUGUUCACUAUGUGAAAAAAUUAACCAUCGGCAACAAUGGGGAAGUGGAUUGUGAGAUUGAGUGCAGAAAAAGCAGGUUUGUUGUAGAGUAAUUUGAUUUACAAUCUAGAUUUGGAAAUUUAUUCGGAUUGUGAUUCCUAAUUGCUCCCUUUAAAGUAAUACCCCUUCAAGUGUCUAAUUCCCAUUUUAAAAAAAGGAAGUAUCAUCAUGUCUAUUUUUAACUUGGUCAGUAAGCGUGGAUUUGGAGGACUGGACAGAAAAGUGUAUUUAAAUAGGGGAGGUGGGAACAACACAGAGCGUGUCGUUCUGGCCUUUAAGUAAGAGUUUUUAAAAAUCUGACCUGUAUAGUGUGCAAUGUUUUGUAACAAUUUUGUAGAAUGAGAAUAUUUUUCUUGAUGGUAUUUGAAAUUGUCUGUAAAGUCAUAAAUUUUUAUUUUUCAGAUUUUUACAGUUUAGUGCUGUAGUGCACAGUACAUGAAUACUCAGUAAUUUACAGAUGUUGCUUUCAAGAAUGGAACUUUGAUAUGAUUUUACAAGUCUGGUUAUAACUUUAUGUACAUUUUUACAAAUGUCUGCUUGCUUUUAUCUGUUUUCAUGAUCUCAGUUAUAAUAUGUAAUGCCUUUCAUUUGAUUUUGAUAUUGUGUUGGAUUUUCUUGUUCACUACUCUCAAGUUUUCUCCACAAGGAAUAUAUUCAUUAAACAUUGAGCAUUAAGUCAGUCUUAUAAAACUUUUA